CUGUGUGUCAGUAUACAUCUCCGGUGUCCUCUUCCUCCAGUCACCAACCACGGACUGAGGCCAGGAUCCCCUGUUCCCAGCCCCCACCUCUGCCUCGCUCUGUCCCUGUCUCCCAGUGCACCCCUCAGACGCCGGGAGCGGCCGGCCGCAUUUCCGUACCACACAGGAUCUUGGCUUGAAAGAGUGAUAAAAAAAAGUAAAAAAUGGGAGCCGGAGGAAGUGUCGAAGACAAGGCAUUAGCCGCAAAGUCCAAGGAGCUGGAAAAGCAGCUGGCGGAGGAUGCGGACAAAGAAGCCAAGACAGUCAAGCUUCUGCUGCUUGGUGCUGGUGAGUCUGGGAAGAGCACAAUUGUUAAGCAGAUGAAAAUUCUCCAUCAAGGUGGUUAUACCAAAGAAGAACAGUUGGAGUUCAGGGCGAUCAUCUAUGGUAACAUCCUGCAGUCUGCUCUGGCCAUCAUCAGAGGCAUGGAGAUGCUGUCCAUUGACUUUGGAUCACCAAAAGGAUCUGAAGACGGGCAGAAGCUGUCCAACCUGUCAGACUCCAUUGAAGAGGGCUCCAUGCCCCCUGAGCUGGCUGAUGUCAUCAAGAGGCUGUGGAGUGACAGUGGUGUCCAGGCCUCCUUCGAGAGAGCAGCCGAGUAUCAGCUCAAUGACUCUGCUGGCUACUACCUUGGAGAAUUGGACAGAAUCACAAAGUCUGAUUACCUGCCCAAUGAGCAGGACGUGCUGCGUUCUCGAGUCAAGACAACCGGUAUCAUCGAGGAGCAGUUCUCCUGCAAAGAGCUGCAUUUCAGGAUGUUUGAUGUGGGCGGCCAGCGGUCGGAGAGAAAGAAGUGGAUCCAUUGUUUCGAGGGUGUAACCUGCAUCAUCUUCUGCGGAGCCCUCAGUGCUUAUGACAUGGUGCUCGUAGAGGACGAUGAAGUGAACCGUAUGCAUGAGUCUCUCCACUUGUUCAACAGUAUCUGCAACCACAGGUUCUUCGCCACCACCUCUAUUGUGCUCUUCCUCAACAAGAAGGAUCUUUUUGAAGAGAAGAUCAAAAAGGUCCACCUCAGCAUCUGCUUCCCAGACUACGAUGGCCCCAACACAUAUGAUGAUGCCAGUGACUACAUCAAGAAGCAGUUUGAGGAGCUGAACAUGAAGAAGGGUGUCAAAGAAAUCUAUUCCCACUUGACCUGCGCAACGGAUACAAAGAACGUUGAGAUUGUGUUUGGAGCCGUGACAGACAUCAUUAUCAAAGAGAACCUAAAAUCUUGCGGUCUGUUCUAAGCAGAUACACAAAGAGAUUGUAUUUUUUCCCCUCAUCCCUUCACUUGGAUUCAUGUUGAAGUUGAGCAGUAGGAACAGAAGGCACAACAGAAGGCUUUGUAAUGUCAUAAGACUCUUCAAUUCUACACUAUCCCUUCCCUUCAUUCCUAACUCCCAACACCCUAAAUUAUGUGUAAUGAAGGCAAAUUUAAAAAAAACAGCCCCUAACUUACUCCAAAGGAAGAGAACACACAUGUCCAACAAAUCGAACAAAGAUGGCAACAUGUUCCUCGCGGAGACAAUGUGGAUGAUGAUGUAGAUGGAAAUGUGGAUAAGAGGUCAGAAGAACAACCGAAUGAACACGUUUGAUAUAGAUACUUUAUUAGAUAUUCUGGGUUAUUUCUGGCUCUUAAAGGGUUUGUGUUGAGGAAAGUGUAUAACGCUGCUAAUGGAAUCCAUUUGAUAAACUUAUGAAAGGAUACAUUUUGAAGUGAUCCAUCUUACUCAACAUGGUCAGAGUGAAGUCCUUUCCAGUAACAUUGUUCUUGCCCAACGAUUUAUAAUGUUUAUAUCUAGUUCUGUUUGGAUAUGCUUACUGUUUCGCACCAGAUGUAACACAGUAAAAAGUUAUUACGCUAAUUUCAAUCAGCGAGUUCAAAUAGCUGGAAUUUAAGAAAAAAGCACCAUCAAAACAAGUUAGCAAUGUAUUUUGUAAAUAGGGGACCUUAAACAUUAAUACGUUAUCAAAAUGUUCAACAUCAGUGACAUGUUUAGUGAUGUGCGUGUAUAUUCCAUUUUGACUACUGACAAAUGAACCUGUAACUGACCGGUCUUGUGAAAGACAAA